AUGAUCAAGAUCAAGUACAAUUUUGUAGAGCUCAGAAAUGGGGACGGUAUAACCUACAUAAUAACAUUGUUGGUCCUGGUAUUUAUAAAAGAGCGAAAUGCGAGGGCCGUAGGCCCGAGCAACGGACGAGAGACGAAUCGUGAGGGCCUCAGGCACGAGCAACGGACGAAAGGCGAGUCGGGAGGGCCGCAAGUCCGAGCAACGGACGAAAGGCGAAUCGUGAGGGCCACAGGCACGAGCAACGGACGAAAGGCACGAGCAACGGACGAAAGGCGAAUCGUGAGGGCCGCAGGCACGAGCAACGGACGAAAGGCCAAUCGUAAGGGCCUCAGGAACGAGCAACGGACGAAAGGCGAGUCGGGAAGGCCGCAAGCCCGAGCAACGGACGAAAGGCGAGUCGGGAGGGCCGCAGGCCCGAGCAACGGUCAAAAGGCGAAUCGUGAGGGCCGCAGGCCCGAGCAACGGAUGAAAGGCGAGUCGGGAGGGCCGCAGGCCCGAGCAACGGUCAAAAGGCGAAUCGUGAGGGCCGCAGGCACGAGCAACGGACGAAAGGCCAAUCGUAAGGGCCUCAGGAACGAGCAACGGACGAAAGGCGAGUCGGGAAGGCCGCAAGCCCGAGCAACGGACGAAAGGCGAGUCGGGAGGGCCGCAGGCCCGAGCAACGGUCAAAAGGCGAAUCGUGAGGGCCGCAGGCCCGAGCAACGGAUGAAAGGCGAAUCACGAGUCGAGAGGGCCGCAGGCCCGAGCAACGGUCAAAAGGCGAAUCGUGAGGGCCGCAAGCCCGAGCAACGGACGAAAGGCGAGUCGGGAGGGCCGCAGGCCCGAGCAACGGUCAAAAGGCGAAUCGCGAGGGCCGCAGGCACGAGCAACGGACGAAAGGCCAAUCGUAAGGGCCUCAGGAACGAGCAACGGACGAAAGGCGAGUCGGGAAGGCCGCAAGCCCGAGUAACGGACGAAAGGCGAGUCGGGAGGGCCGCAGGCCCGAGCAACGGUCAAAAGGCGAAUCGGCCUCAGGUACGAGCAACGGACGAAAGGCGAGUCGGGAGGGCCGCAAGCCCGAGCAAGGGACGAAAGGAGAGUCGGGAGGGCCGCAAGCCCGAGCAACGGACGAAAGACGAGUCGAGAGGGCCGCAGGCCCGAGCAACGGUCAAAAGGCGAAUCGUGAGGGCCGCAGGCCCGAGCAACGGUCAAAAGGCGAAUCGUGAGGACCGUAGGCACGAGCAACGGACAAAAGGCGAAUCAGACUGUAAAGUUGAAUCUACCAACAAGGGCGCUCCGAGAGGCGUAUACGUAUUGGCGGAGAAAUUGGGGCUCAUUGAACUGAUGCGAUAUAUACAUAGUGCAAAUCAUAGAACGACGUUAUAUUGGAAAUAA